AUGGCAGAACUUCGAAGGAUACGAACGCUGCUAGUUCCCUUGCUGAUUGCCCUGCUUACAACGCUCACCGUGGCGGACGACUGUGGACAUGAUUUCCGGGGCAAAUGUAGCUGUGGCUUUCAGAUGUACAACUACCGCACCCAGUACGUCGUAAACUGUACCAACACCGGCUUCCGGGAUACGCUCAUGCUCGAGCGGCUUCCGCUCCAAACAGAGGUCGUCAUCUUCAACGGAAACUUUGUCGAAGAGCUACCGUGGAACGUGUUCGGUGCGCUAAACGAUCUAGCCAACCUAACAAUCGUUGACAUGAGCAACAACCACAUUCGGGAAAUCCGUGGCAAAUCGUACCACCACGUACCGAAUGUGCGACGGCUGAUACUGAACCACAACAAUCUAAGCAUCUCGCGGUACGACGACGAAGAGUUUAACCACCAUCAUCCGCGCGUGUUUUCGAACUUUAUCAACCUGCAGGAGCUGCACCUGACGAAUGCGUUUGCGGAUAACACAUCGGCUGAGCUGUCGGCCGAUCUGCACGACAUCUUCGUGAACAGCAAUCUUACCAAGCUGGUCAAGCUGCAUCUGGAACAGAACGAGAUUAUACAGUUCAAUGAUAAGCGGGUGUUUUGUGAUCUGCCCUCGCUGCUCGAUCUACACCUCGGCGAUAAUCUACUUACCGAGCUUAACUUCAAUCUCAGCUGUAUGCCCCGGUUACGCUUUCUCGAUCUCGAGCGCAAUCGGUUCGAAACGGUACGGGCGCGGGAUUUAAGCCUGCUGGAUGCGGUUCAAGCACAGCCGGGUCGUACCACACCGCUCACAGUCGACUUUACGUACAAUCCGUUCGUGUGCGAUUGCGGGCUUUAUCCACUGUACGAUUGGCUCGAUCGGACGAACGUUACCGUGCGCAAUCGAGAUAGGUUGGUGUGCUUGCGAAAUCGGCAAGUUCGCGAACCGAUCCGUACGCUGAACGUUGGACGCUGCCGGAAGCAGGUGGCGUCCGCGGUUGGUGGGAACGGUGCAACCGGACACACCACUACGCUUGUCUUUGUGCUCGUAUGCUUGAGCUGUGUACUGCUAGCGCUCGUCGGUGGACUGCUGUACGUUAGUAAGGAUAAACUGCGUGGCGUACUGACACCGGUGGUCGAUUCCGUGUCGAAGAAGGUGCACUACACGACGAUUAAGGACGAAGAAGCACCGGAACAGUAUGUGUGAUGCAGCGCACCGAUUGACGUGCGGUGCAAUACGGCGCUUAUGGAGCAUG